AUGUGGUAUUCUAAAAGGUCGGAGAAAUUCACGUGUUUCUGCAACGGUCGAGACAACUGCAACGGUGGUCGAGCAUUGCAAAAAUUGGAAGUGGAAACAGUUGAGCUGUUGACGUGUGUUUGCUCUGGUUCUCACUGCAAAGGCGAGACAUGUCUUGGAGAGCUGUGCAGUUACGUGAUAAAUCAUCGGACGAAGGAAACCGAAAGGGGUUGUGUGAACGCAACUGUCCCGAUAGUAGAGCGACGAUCGAUGGGCUCUUGCAUGAUUCCCCCAAUCACCGGUGCCAUGCAUCAUACAGUAGCAAAGGACGCAUCUGAUCUGCUGAAGACCGAAUCAUGCGUAUGUGCAUCGGAUUACUGUAACGCAGAGAAACCGCAAAUCACUGUUCCGGAGCGACAACAAUGUCAGACGUUCGUCACCGCAAAAGUUAUGGGAACAACGGUGAGUAUCUUGAAAUUUGAGUGCUCAUUCAAUUUUGACCAGGUCUAA